AGGGUGGGAGGCAAAGUAGCCCAGUCCUCUUUGGGCUGGAGUGGUAGGCAGUGCCAGCUCUGGUCACCAGGCAAGAGUGACAGCCAAACCAGGGUGAUGGAGCCAGGAAGGCUUGGACUCUGAGCUGGCUCCAGGAGGUCUUCCCCCAAGGGGAGAUACAGGUUCCGAGAGGGUUGGAGGGGUUCAUUGGCAGAUCUGGCCCCUACACACUGCUACAGCCAUAUGUAGCAUGGUGAUGAAGAGCCCAGACUCUCCAGCCAGGCCGUCUGGUUUCCAGCAGGCUGUCUGGUUUCUUAGCUCCAGCAUCUGCUUGCUGUGUGCCCUUGGGCAAGUAGCUUAACCUCUCUAAACCUGGUAAGUGCUCUCUGAGCACUCAGUGACGAUAACCACGGUAACUAAUGACCCUCGAUGAUGAAAGGAGUCUACAAAAUCAUCCCUCUGAGACACCCCUUAUAUGCGGUGACCAUGGAGAAGGGUCAGGUCUGAGAUCUCAGAGAGAGGAAAACACUCAUAACCACCACCACACUGAGACCCCUGCCCUAACUGGCCUGGUUUGUGGGCCUGCGGGAAGGAAGGCUCUGUCCCGGGGACGGACAAAAAAACUGUGCCCGCUUUCCCAUCCCUCUCCUUCUUGCCCUUGUCUCUGCUUCAUCUCUUUCUGUUUUGAUGUCUCACAUCCUUUUUCGUGGCCAUCUCUUCUUUUCUCUCCAUCUUCCGUGUCUAUCCUCUUCACGACGACGCUGCCUCAAGCCCUUUCAUCAAAGCCUGGAGCCUCCCAGGAUCUCCGCCCCCGCGCCUGGUUGGGGGUAUCACUGCGCAUGCGCAUCAGCGCCCCUCCUUCUCCACCCCCAUCCCCUGUCGGCGUCUGGGCCUCGUCCCCUUCUGUCUCCCUCUCCUCCCCCAUCACUUCCCCCAACACUGACACCCCAUUACUCCAGUCUCCCCAGUCUCAGCUUUGGUCCCCAGCCCCAUCAGUCCGAGGAUUGGCCUGAAAGCCGCCCCCAAAUCUGCACCCGCCCCCCGGAGGGCCACUGAAGACCAUGACUAAGACAGAUCCCGCUCCCAUGGCCCCCCCACUACGCGGGGAGGAAGAAGAAGAGGAGGAAGAGGAUGAGCUGGUCCCUGAGGCCCCCAGCCCCACCCAGGAGCGCCGGCAGAAGCCUGUUGUGCACCCCUCGGCGCCUGCCCCCCUCCCCAAGGACUACGCCUUCACGUUCUUCGACCCCAAUGACCCGGCGUGCCAGGAGAUUCUUUUUGACCCGCAGACCACCAUCCCUGAGCUGUUUGCCAUCGUGCGCCAGUGGGUGCCCCAAGUCCAGCACAAGAUUGAUGUCAUCGGCAAUGAGAUUCUGCGUCGAGGCUGCCAUGUGAAUGACCGUGAUGGGCUGACCGACAUGACACUGCUCCACUAUGCGUGCAAGGCUGGAGCCCAUGGAGUCGGGGACCCUGCGGCGGCUGUGCGCCUUUCACAGCAGCUGCUGGCGCUGGGUGCGGACGUAACACUGCGCAGCCGCUGGACCAACAUGAAUGCGCUUCACUACGCUGCCUACUUCGACGUUCCCGACCUUGUGCGCGUGCUGCUGAAGGGCGCCCGGCCGAGAGUGGUGAACUCCACGUGCAGUGACUUCAACCACGGCUCAGCCCUGCACAUCGCUGCCUCCAACCUGUGCCUGGGCGCAGCCAAAUGUUUGCUGGAGCAUGGUGCCAACCCGGCGCUGCGGAACCGAAAGGGACAGGUGCCAGCAGAGGUGGUCCCAGACCCCAUGGACAUGUCCCUGGACAAGGCAGAGGCAGCGCUGGUGGCCAAGGAGCUGCGAACACUGCUGGAGGAGGCUGUGCCACUCUCCUGUGCCCUCCCCAAGGUCACACUACCCAACUAUGACAACGUCCCAGGCAAUCUCAUGCUCAGUGCAUUGGGCCUGCGUCUGGGAGACCGCGUGCUGCUGGAUGGCCAGAAGACGGGCACACUUCGGUUCUGCGGGACCACGGAGUUCGCCAGUGGCCAGUGGGUGGGCGUGGAGCUGGAUGAACCCGAGGGCAAGAAUGAUGGCAGUGUUGGGGGUGUCCGGUACUUCAUCUGCCCUCCCAAGCAGGGUCUCUUUGCUUCUGUGUCCAAGAUCUCCAAAGUAGUGGAUGCACCCCCCUCAUCAGUCACCUCCACACCUCGGACUCCUCGGAUGGACUUUUCCCGUGUCACUGGGAAAGGCCGCAGGGAACAUAAAGGCAAGAAGAAGCCCCCAUCAUCCCCAUCUCUGGGGAGCCUGCAGCAGCGAGAGGGAGCCAAGGCUGAGGUUGGAGACCAAGUCCUCGUUGCUGGCCAGAAGCAAGGGAUUGUGCGCUUCUAUGGGAAGACAGACUUUGCCCCAGGUUACUGGUAUGGCAUUGAGCUAGACCAGCCCACUGGAAAGCAUGAUGGCUCUGUCUUCGGUGUCCGGUACUUUACCUGUCCCCCGCGGCAUGGAGUCUUUGCACCAGCAUCCCGAAUUCAGAGGAUUGGUGGAUCCACUGACCCCCCUGGGGACAAUGUGGGAGCCAAAAAAGUGCAUCAAGUGACAAUGACACAGCCCAAACGCACUUUCACGACAGUCCGGACCCCAAAGGACAUCGCAUCAGAGAACUCCAUCUCCAGGUUGCUCUUCUGCUGCUGGUUUCCCUGGAUGCUGAGGGCAGAGAUGCAGUCUUAGAGGCCUGGAUACCUGACAGAGUCACAGAGUCCCCUCUAGCAUCUCCUGACACAAGGAGCCCCUGAAUCACCCUGAGAUAGAGAUUCCCAGUAACACAUCCAGAAUAGAGACCCCAUUAGCCAGCCCUGGAUCACUGAGGCCCCAUUAUUAACAGAUUCCCUCAUGAUAACCCCCAAAUACAGACCCCAAGGUACCCAGAAAGAGAUUCCUUGAGUGUAGCACCUUCAGGCUAGUCCCUAUCCCCAACCCCUCAGAGCAGACCCCCAAUAACAUAUUUCCACAUCACCUCAAAUGAUGGUGACCUCUACAUAAUGCUCCAGAGCAGAACAUUCCUGAAUCAUUCAUUACUGGAUCAGAACCCUCCCCCAUUAACAAAGACUCCUCCUCUGUCAAGUCCCCUUGAAAUAAACAUAGGUCAUGCCUCCAGAGCAACAGAGUAACAGACCUACAUUUAACAUCAGUCCCCUCAAGAUGUUGUGACCCCCCAUGGUCACCCCAAAAGCUUACACUGCAAUCAGAGACUCCCUACAUUAACAAAGACCCCUGUUCUUACAGAAGAGACACACAUUAACCAGUCCACUGUCACCCCCAAUUUACAGACACCAAAACAGUCCUGGAAGUGCUAAUUACAGGACCCCUAAGUCUUCCUACCCUCUGCGCCCUCAAGAAACCCCCAGUGCCUUGUAUGAAGCCCACCCCACAUGGCCCACAGCCCCUGUGCUGGUCAGGCUCCCAGAAAAUUCUCUAUUUUUUAAGUAACGACUUCCCCCUUUGGGGGACCCCAAAAUUUAGAGGCCCCAUUCUGUGACUCUCGGGAUCCCAAACCCCAGAGUACAAGUCCCAUACUCCCCUGUGUCCCCAAGUCCUACAGCCCCUAGAGGAUCCCAAGGCCCUAACUACCAGGAUCCUCAAAUCAUGGAAUCCCCAAAUCCCCAGGGAAUCCCAAAUUAAAAAAUUCAAUCCCAAGCCCCCAGGAAACCCCAAUCACGGAGGUCCUUGUGCCUGGGAUGGAGGAGACUGCAGUGAGGAUAUGCAUCCCGGGCUCCCAGGGCACCUCAAGCCCACUUCAUAGGCACCAGGAGACCCCAAACAGGAAUUCUCAUCCCUGGAAACUGGAGCACUUCAAUGCCCUGAGUCGUUGGAUCUCAAGACACCCAAAUGCAAAGAGCCCCAGCCCCAAGGGAACCCCACAUCCUAAAGCCUCCAUCUCUAAUACAUGAAGGGCCCCAAGGCCUUGAGGGGAUCCCAAAUCCUGGAACCCCUAUUUCAAUCUAUGUUCUGGUCACAGGUCCAAAACACCAAAUCUGAGUCACUGGCCCCAAAGGACCUCACAGCACUCGAGCCAGACCAACGGCCUGAGGGAGAACCUGAAGGCCCAGGGGGUCCAGGGUGGACCCGGGGCCCUGACCACCAAGGACAGCUCACGACUGCCCCUUCACUGCAUGUCCCUGAAUUCAGCAUGACCCCUGUCCCCUUCAAUAAAGAUGUUUCUAUGGUU